UACAUUGCAUACGCGCAGAGCACCUAGCUACAGGCUUCAUCAGACCUCUACUGUCGUUCACAUGACCAUGGAUUCAAUGCCAACUACACCUUCGUCAAGCCCAUCACGUUACUCCUUCGGACAGCAUUGGAGCGAUACGACCCAAGACACGUGCUACUCACUGGAAAGCGACUGUUCUGAAGGAAAUCCAUGGUCGCUAGAUCUUGAUCAACUUGCUGUUCUGAAACCACCCCAUCGCCUCUUCUCUACUCCAGAGGAUGCACGCGUCCCAUACACCAUCAACUCCAAGGAGUGGUACCAGGAAUAUUUCGAGCUGGCUGACCGCCGCCAAAGCGGGAUGCUGAAAGAGCCGAAGAAACAUGACUAUCAAUGCGACAGUGUGUAUGGUGCAGCUGGUGUGGUAUACGGUGUUGCUAAAGUCUUCAUUGCCAUGUGUCGCGAGUUCCGCAUUGAUCUUUACAGUCCAGUAGGCAGCAUCUCGACGUACGUUGAGAAAGCACAGCUAGAGCUCGAGAACGGCGAAGUGAUAGACUUUAUCUUUGCCAUCGAGGAGCUCUAUCAUUGCUUGUACGCUCGACUGGAGACUGAAAUCGCCCUUCUUCACUUCUGCUCCUCUUUUGUGAACAGUGGAGUUAAGCGAUGGUCUAAGAGUUUGUCACAGUUGCCUGAACCAGAACACGUCUAUGCCAUCUUGACUACCUGCAAGAGCGUUCUAGAAGACAAAAGCGUUUGUUCAGAGCUCGAUGACCGCAUGAUCAGGUACCAUCAGGGUCACUACGUUGAAGAUAUGAAAAGAAGAUACCAAGAGGAAGGAAAAUUACCACUUGAUUACACUGGCUAUCGUGCGCACAUCUACCAGACGAUUGGAAACUCCGGCUCUCAAGCAUUUCGUCAUUGGUGUCAGAUCUAUCCCGUCUUACAGUAUCUUCCGAUCGAUGUUUUGUCAUUUCUUUCGGAGAAGUACAUCCCCAUGUAUCCUCGGACGGAUCACAACUAUGAAUAUCACACAUUCAAUACACCAGGCCAGUACGAUCCUGCACAGGAUGUUGCUGCUUGGGCCGAAAACAUGAAAUGUGCUCAUCGAAUGUGCUCUUUGGCCAGAAUCGAGGGUAAGGCAGUCGGGCAGUUGCGACGAGAGCAAGAAGACUUCAACAUUUUCCGGUACGCUGCUGAAGAAAAGUGUAUAUGUCUUGAUAUAUGUAGCUGCUCAUGGCUGUGCACCCGAUCCGGAAACACCCGUUGUCCUUGCUCAAGCCGUUGGAUUCGUGGAAUCCAUCUCUAUGAACCCUACUAUGAAGCCGGUUUCCGAGAGAAGACCACCGUUAUAGGUGAAUUGACAUACGAAUCUCUGGUUGCCCUGAAGCGCCAAUUGCCUGACUAUCUGGUUCGCCGCGAGCUCCUCGCAGGCAUCAACAUCACCAGAGAGGAAAUGAUCAAACAGCGUACCGUCACUCAACAAGCUCGGCAUGGUAUCUUUGGGGUUUUCUGAAUAUCGUUCCAACUCAGUUUUACAUCCCGCAAGUUACCAUAUCAGAUCAUCUGUUUAAUUUCUUUCUUGUUUCUUCAAUUUCAGAUUACAAUGUUUCCGCUCGUGGAUAUUUCAAAUGACUUUACGACUUAUGAUGUUAUGAGAACGCAGCUAGCUAUCAGAAAGAAGAUCAGAGAUAUUUAGCCAGAAAAUUUAAUUCUUCUAUAA